AGAUGUAGUUCUCCGCUGAACCCGGAAGUGGAGUCGAAGCACAGUCACAGAUUGCUCUAUCAGCUGGAGAGAUGGCUGAGAUGGAGGAUAUCAACUUGAAACUCGGAGAGCUCGAUCUGACCUCUGAUGAUAUCACCAUGGACAAUGUCAGCAUUCACAUUCAGGAAAAUCUAGAAGACGCUCUUGUCCAAGAAGCCCUUAAAGCUGGUGUAGAUCUCAGACAGUACUCGAAACAGGUGGAGAUGGAGCUAGAGCAGAUUGAACACGUCUCGAUCAAAGACUAUAUAGAGCAGAGUCAGAACAUUGCAUCUCUCCAUAACCAGAUCAUAGCAUGUGAUGCUAUUCUUGAGAGAAUGGGUCUCAUGCUUGGUGGGUUUCAGUCGGAUCUCAGCUCAAUCAGCUCAGAGAUUCACACGUUACAGGAAAUGUCACUGGCUAUGAACAUUAAACUGAAGAACAGGCAGACCGUGAGAAGUGAGCUAAGUGAGCUAGUGGAUGAGCUCAUCAUACCGAAUACAAUGAUCAGUGUAGUUUUGGAUGUCCCAGUUACGGAUCAGCAGUUUGUGGAGCAACUGCAGGAACUAAACAACAAGAUUAAUUAUGUGAAAGAACAAUCAUUCAGAGACACAAAGGCAUGCGCUGAUGUGCAAGAGACACUGCAGAAGCUGAAGAUUAAGGCAGUUUCUAAAGUUCGUGAGUUCAUCCUGCAGAAAAUCUACUCCUUCCGUAAACCCAUGACCAAUUAUCAGAUACCUCAAAAUGCACUGCUCAAAUACAGGUUCUUCUAUCAGUUUCUUCUGGCAAAUGAGCGGUCGGUAGCACAAGAAAUCCAGGAUGAAUAUGUGGAGACCAUGAGCAAAGUAUACUUGUCUUAUUUCAAAUCUUACACCAGCCGACUGAUGAAAGUACAGUAUGAGGAAGUUGCAGAGAAAGAUGAUCUGAUGGGCAUUGAAGACACAGCCAAAAAGAGCUUCUUCUCAAAGCCAGCUUUGCGUAGCAAGAACACAGUGUUUACAGUUGGUAACAGAGCUGCUAUUAUCAGUCCCACUGAACUUGAGGGGCCUAUCAUUGUGCCUCACACCGCCCAGAGGAGCGACAUCAGGUAUCCCUUUGAGUCUCUGUUCCGCAGCCAGCACUAUGCGCUGCUUGAUAACAGCUGCCGCGAGUUCCUCUUCCUGUCAGAUUUCUUUCUGGUGAGCGGGUCAGCAGCUCAAGAACUCUUUAACUCCGUCAUGGGAAGGAGUCUGACCAUGUUCCUGAAACACAUGGACUCCUAUGUUUCGGAUUGCUAUGACAGCAUUGCAAUAUUCUUGUGCAUUCACAUUGUGCUGCGGUUCAAAGGCAUCGCCCAGAGACGGGACAUCCCGGCUGUCGACAAGUACUGGGAUGCCGUCUUAGACAUGCUGUGGCCCAGAUUCCAACAUAUUCUUGAGUUGAAUAUUCAGAGCAUCCGGAACACUGACCCUCAGAAGCUGGGAAAUCUUGACACCAGGCCACACUAUAUAACCCGGCGUUAUGCAGAGUUUUCUUCAGCCAUUGUUAGCAUAAACCAGACCUUUGCAAACGAAAAGACCAACGUCCUCCUCGGCCAGCUUCAGGUGGAAGUGGAGAAUUUCGUCCUUAGGAUGGCUGCAGAGUUUUCGGCUCGUAAGGAGCAGCUCAUAUUCUUGAUUAACAACUAUGACAUGAUGCUUGGUGUCCUAAUGGAACGAGCGACAUCAGACAGUAAGGAAGUGGAGAGUUUUCAGCAGCUGCUAAAUGCACGCACCCAGGAAUUUAUUGAAGAACUCCUUUCCCCAUCCUUUGGAGGAAUGAUUGCCUUUGUGAAAGAGUCAGAAUCUAUUAUAGAGAAGGGACAGCAAGAGCGGCUGCGGAGUGAAGAGGGCCGUGUUGCUCAGCUGGUCCGUGGAUUCUCAGCCACAUGGAAGCAAGCUGUAGAGGCACUAAGCCAGGAUGUUAUGAGGUCAUUUACAAACUUCAAAAACGGGACAAGUAUAAUACAGGGGGCACUCACACAGCUGAUCCAAUACUAUCACAGAUUUCAUAAGAUUCUCUCACAGCCGCCACUGCGCAAUCUACCGGUUUGUUCAGAGCUGAUUAACCUCCACCACCUUAUGGUUGAGCUCAAGAAACAUAAACCAAACUUCUGAGCAGGAUGACAUAUUGCCUGCCUCACUAAUACAUACUGUGCGUGGGUUAUUUUGUGGGUACCACUUCUUCCAGAUUUUUGCCAGUAACUAUAACACUAUGAUGUCCUCACCCUGUCCAGCUGUUCUUACUUUUUGCAUCUGAUUGUCCUUAAACAGCCACAAAUUAUAACUUAUUUAUGAGAAAAUAUAUUGACCUGUGUUGUAGCGGUUACUCCAGAGUGAGGCUUUGCUGUAUUUUACAUGUCUCUUUAAUGAAGAAAUAAAAGCUGCUUUGUAUAUAAA